AAACUUUUUGCAUUAAAUCCAUUUGAAUGACUUUUGUCACGGUAUCGUUCCUACUACGCAAUAUUCCAAACUUUGAUUGAAUUGAAAACCAUUUUGCGACGAAACUUGAUUUUCAGAUCUUAUAUAUCUAAUUCUCAAGAUGGAUGAACGGAGCCGUUACGUGAAGCUGACUAAAGAUCAGACAACUCUUGAAGAAGAUAUCAAGCCUGGUGAACUUAAUCAGCCAAUUCAGGUUCCUCAGUUGGAUGUUAAGAAGUGCAUGGAAUGUGGACAGCCAUUACCCGAAAGCUAUGCACCUCCUGCUGAUGAGCCUUGGAUGACUGGGAUCUUUGGAUGUGCUGAAGAUAGGGAUAGUUGUUUGACAGGACUGUUUUGUCCUUGUGUUUUAUUUGGGCGCAACGUAGAAAGCUUGAAUGAAGACACUCCUUGGACUGGACCAUGCAUUUGUCAUGCCAUUUUUAUUGAGGGUGGCAUUGCUCUGGCAACAGCGACUGCAGUUUUUAAUGGUCUGAUUGACCCAGGGACAUCAUUUCUCAUUUUUGAGAGCUUAUUUUUUACUUGGUGGAUGUGUGGCAUAUACACUGGUCAGGUUCGCCAAUCCUUACAGAAGAAUUAUCAUUUAAAGAAUUCGCCUGCUGAUCCUUGUUGUGUCCACUGCUGCCUGCACUGGUGUGCCUUGUGUCAAGAGCACAGGGAAAUGAAGGGACGGCUCUCAGAAAGUAUUGCCUCAGAAAUGACACUUGUAAAUGCUCCUCCGGUUCAAGAAAUGAAGUCUGCUGAUGAAAAGAAAAGUCCUGAAGCCUCUUCAUCUAAUAGCAACGAGCAUACUGAUUUACAAAUUCAGGCUCUAUAAAGUACUGCCAUUGUUCGUAUUUAAACGAGCAUGUAUUUUGGAAUUUUGCUUUAUAGAGGAUUGUUUUCUUGUACCUUUGGGCUGAGUUUGUUAAUGGUAGAACCGAUGAAGUUGGUUAA